GUUCAAGGGACAUUACUUCCGCAAUUUUUUUCGAUCGGAUGAUUGUGAGAGGAGAGAGGGAGAUAUCAAAUUUUAUCAAUAUAACAGUGUGGAAACGACAGACGAAAGUCAGGUUGCUCUGAGCAAAGUGAACUUUUCAGUCCUUCGAGAUAUAAAAAAAAGAAUCUUUCGAUGAAUGCUAUGGCAAAUUCCAGGCGAACAGUAGCAGUAAUUACUGGUGCUAAUGCAGGCAUUGGGUAUGCCCUUGCAGAACGACUCUUGAAGAAAUCUUCAAAAAUUCAUCUGUGUCUUGCAUGCCGCAAUAAAGCUCGGGCAGAGGAGGCAGCAGACAAACUGAAACAGAAGUUCCCCGAUGCUGACGUUGACAUUGUGCUUUUGGACACUUCUAGCGUGGCUUCAGUACAUCGAGCAGCAGCUGAGUUGAGAAAUCGGUAUGAUCAUAUUGAUUAUCUGUAUCUGAAUGCUGGGAUGAUGAAGGUAACAGGUGUGGAUUGGGGAUAUUUCUGGCGUGGUCUCUUUUCAAGCCGAGUGUUCUACAUGUUUGCAACAGGGGAAGGACUACUGGUACAUGAGGAUGAGGUCACGGACGACGGACUUCAGGGCGUCUUUGAGACCAACCUGUUCGGACACUAUGUGCUGGUGAAAGAGUUAGAAGACAGAUUGGGCUCGUCGGCGUCCGACAGAUACAACAGAUCCCAGCUCAUCUGGACCUCCUCCAGUAACGCAACCAGGAAAAACUUCAGCAUGGAGGACCUGCAACAUGAACAUGGCAAAGAUCCCUACAGCUCUUCCAAGUUUGCUAUGGACAUUUUGAGUGUUGGUCUGAAUGAUUCAAUGAAUAAAAGGAAUGUCUACUCCCACGUAGUGUGUCCAGGUCUUGUUAUGACCAACCUCACCUACGGCAUACUUCCAGCUUGGUUUUGGACCCUUAUCAUGCCCUUUAUUUGUCUGCUUCGUAUUUUUGUGCCUGGAAUGACAUAUAGUGCCCCCAAUGGCGCUGAGGCUCUGGUGUGGUUGUCGACUCAGGAUCCGGUAAGCCUUGACCCACAGGUCAAAUACCAAAGCUUCUGCGGGGUGACUGGUCAUUCCUAUGUGAACCAAGAGAAGAUGAGUAUAGGCGUAGAUGAAGGCCAAGAGCUGAUCAAGAAGCUGGACGAAAUUGAUGAAAGUUUGCAAAAAAAGUGUAGUAAAAAUUAAAACGAGAUUGUAAUUAGUUAGGUAUUAUAUAAGCUCAAUAUGUGAUCACAUUUAUCAAGAUGUAAAGAUUGAUGGUUUAAUCUUGUUAAAGUCUCAAUCAAAAAUGUGAAUUUCCCAUAAAUUUCUUUUACUCAUUUUUUUUUCAAGCUAUAAAGCACAGACUGGCAAUAAAAGAACAAGAAUUUUCUUUCAAGCCACUUUUGUUAAAAAUCCGUAACACUAAUGGAAUACCUCGCCCCCUUCAUAUGACAUUAAUUUAUUGUCACUGCACUAGCGAAAUAGCAAAUCUCAUACCUUCUGCCUAGCUCUAAGCUUUCAAUUGUUCUGUCAAUUAUUCCAUGGUAUUUUAUAGUUCCAUUAAGAUCGGUAAUUUUUAUGGGGAAAAAAUGGUCAGUUUUGUUUUAUUAUAAACAUUUCCUUGGAAAAACAGUGGGGGUGUAUAAGAGAGACCACGCUGUGCUGCUCCUCGUUUCCUAACCCGUACUGUUACUUUUGUUUGUAAACCUGUGAUGAUAAGCUUUUGCGAGGCGAAACAGCUGGAAUACAUUUUUAAGGCAUCAUGGUGAAAUCAGGCCCUCGUCAAAAUAAUGAAAUAGAAGAAACUGUCAUUUUCCCGCUGGUAUGAAAAUUUUUAUCAAAUUUUUGGUUUUUUGGCUCGAAGCCUUUUUCGUCCCUUUAAAACACAUUUCUGUAGGAAUCUUACGGAAAAAGGUUAAUUAAAAGCACAAAAAUUGUAAGUUUUCAGUUACCAAGGAGCCUCGGGCUAGCUUUGGCAGCCAUUUUCUCACUAAUUUCAUCUCUGAAACCAGGCGACCCCCACCUCAUUCAAUCGCAAAUAUUUUUAUUUCUAUUCAAAAUGGAUCUUUUUCCUUUAAAGCGAAACAAAUGAACAAGCUUUAAGAUGAUACAGAUAACUCCACGUGCCCAAAAAUUGAUGAAUGCCUGAUUCCAUCAUGUCGUGACAUAUUUUCAGGGUUGCCCGUUUUCCGGCUAAAGGCAAAAAUCUAGGUUUUUUAAAUCUCGAGGCUUUUCCAGCCGAGAUCAGCGGAGCCGGGAAGUAAUUUCUUUACAUUAAGACUUUCCCCAAUCCAUUACACACAUCAAUGUGCAGUUAUUGGUGAGUUCUAUUUUUUUAAUAUUAAAUUUAGGUUUUUCUAAUAGGCCUAGGCCUAUGCAUUAAAUAUUUUGGCACAUGUUAAAAUCUUAUCUGUUUUUAAUGAAAUGCUGCGGGCCGCACAUAGAAUUUUAUACCAAAAAACUUUCAGGCAUUUUUGUCAAGGCUGCUGGCAACCCUGUAUUGUAGAUAAAUUGUCUCAUGCGGCCAGAAACAAUGGCAUGACUUUCUGGUUUACCACUAGGGAGUUAAUGUCCUACUAGUGAGCUGUUUAUAGGUAUAACAGCUUGGCUUUACCCUGUGAUACUUGAAUACUCGAAUGUAGAACUGGAGUCUUAAGAAGACGGGGUGCUCCAUGCUUCCUCGCCCCUCUUCAUAAGGGUCCAUUUCUGUGUGGGCAGGCUGAUUGUCUCCAUCAUCAGCUGGUUGUUGUAGCGUCUGAUGGGGUCACCCAGCCUGCUCCUCCUGCCUUCACCAGGUUGUACUCUCCUUUCUCAAUCACAAUCUCCUUCGUGAAGGAGUCCUCUUCACGCCUGCUGGCAGUGUGAUCUCUGACAAGGUCUAUUACAGUAGAAGGAUCAAGGGUAAGCACUCCCUCUAUGUUUGGGGAGCCUGCUAGCCUAUCUGCUGUUUCAUUUCCCUUGACAUCCUGCGUGUCCUUGUGAUACUUGCAGUUCUUAUCUUGAUAUUUGGCUGUGCAGACACAGCUCAAGUAAGAUAGGUUAUAGGCCAUUCCAUGAAAAUGAAACUGCAGUGACACAUGUAAUAUGGGUAUGAUGGCCUACUGAAAAAAAAA